AUGAUACAUAACGCCAUCGGAGUUUCUCUGGAGGGUGAAACGGGAGUCGGACCAGUGCGCGGAGAGCACGGCCCGCGCUGUUCGGAGACGGACGCUGAGAUGGUUCCGCCGCUCCCGUGGCUGUCCGGCCAGCAGGCUGUGUUCGGAGGAACCUGUGUGCUUCUCCUGCCCCUCCUCUCCGUGCUGCUGCUCCGCCAGCUCCUGAAGCAGAGGAGACCUCCGGCUUUCCCUCCGGGCCCGUCUCCCAUCCCCUUGAUUGGGAACAUUUUGUCUCUGGCGGUGGAGCCGCACGUUUUCCUUAAGAAGCAGAGUGAACUCUACGGACAGAUCUUCAGUCUCGAUCUCGGAGGCAUAUUGGCUGUGGUAUUAAACGGAUAUGACUGUGUUAAGGAAUGCCUGUACCAUCAAAGUGAGGUAUUUGCUGAUCGCCCAUCCCUGCCUUUAUUCAAGAAAAUGACCAAAAUGGGUGGACUUCUGAAUUGUAAAUAUGGCCGAGGCUGGAUCGAACAUCGUAAACUGGCCUGCAACUCCUUCCGUUACUUUGGCAGUGGCCAGAGACUGUUUGAGAGAAAGAUCUCAGAGGAGUGCAUGUUCUUUGUUGAUGCCAUCGACGAGCACAAGGGGAAGCCCUUCAACCCAAAACACUUGGUGACCAAUGCCGUGUCCAACAUCACCAACCUCAUCAUUUUUGGCCAGCGUUUUACUUACGAUGAUCGCAACUUCCAGCACAUGAUCGAGAUAUUCAGUGAGAAUGUGGAGCUGGCAGUGAGCGGCUGGGCCUUCCUCUACAACGCCUUCCCUUGGAUUGAGUAUGUGCCCUUUGGAAAGCACCAGAAGCUGUUCCGCAAUGCUUCAGAGGUUUACAACUUCCUCCAGCAAGUCAUAGAGGGUUACUCCCAGGGUCGGGUGCCGCAGGCCCCACGUCACUAUGUCGAUGCCUACCUUGAUGAGCUGGAACAGAGCGUUGGAGACCCUGACACCUCCUUCUCCCGCGAGAACCUCAUCUAUUCAGUGGGCGAGCUCAUCAUUGCCGGGACAGAAACCACCACCAACACCCUGCGCUGGGCUAUGUUAUACAUGGCGCUUUACCCUAACAUACAAGAAAGGGUGCAUAGGGAGAUCGAUAUUGUGCUGGACAAUGGGAGGGCCCCCUCAUUGGAGGACAAACAGAAGAUGCCCUAUGUGGAGGCUGUGUUGCAUGAAGUCCUGCGCUUCUGUAACAUUGUUCCCCUUGGCAUCUUCCGUGCCACCUCUCAGGAUGCAAACGUCAACGGGUACACAAUUCCCAAAGGCACCAUGGCAAUCACCAACCUGUACUCAGUGCACUUUGACGAGAAGUACUGGAAUGAUCCAAGUGUUUUCUCACCACAAAGGUUUCUGGACAGUAACGGGAACUUUGUCAGACGUGAGGCCUUCCUGCCUUUCUCUUUGGGAAGGCGUCAGUGCCUUGGUGAGCAACUAGCCAGGAUGGAGAUGUUCCUCUUCUUCACCACCAUGCUUCAGAGGUUCCACCUCCAGUUCCCUCCAGGAGCCAUUCCUACUCUCACUCCCAAACUGGGCAUGACACUGCAGCCCAUGCCCUACUCAAUCUGUGCUGUACGCCGCCAGCACAGAAACCCAGCUUCAAGAGACACUCCUCGUCAGGUGUAG